GAUAGGAAGCAAGUGAGGGGAGACCAUGGGGGAGACCAGUAAGCAUGAUACAAUGCACCCACAGUUGAGGAUAUGCUGGAUUAACACGUACUGGGACCAGGUGCAGGUAAAAAUGUCAUUGAACAGAAAGUAAUGAGACCCUGCAUCAAGCUGAGCGGAGGUGAACUCUGUCAUGUCAAUCCGCCGGGGCUGACUGGAGAUCACGCGCAGGACAGGUUCUUCUUUGGACUUUUAUAGAAGUGAAUGGGAGACUGAUAUUGUGGAUAUUUGUAUGUGCAUACAAAAUGCAGUGUGGCCUUAUCUUUGCCACCACUACCAAACAGCUCUGUGGUGGUGGGGCUGUGUCGGCGGCAGGCUGACGGAGAUAAACAAACUUACAGGAACAAGGAAGUCCCGCUUUAAAGUUUAUUAAACAUGGAGACGCCUUACGCCGGUUUCUACUUAACACCACUGUAAACACAAUCACGGGCUAAGAAAGAGGUGAAAAAAACUGAAGUCAACAACAAGAGAGGAUUAGAAAAAAAUCUUUUUAACAGCAUGAUAAAAAUCAAUUCAAAAUCAAUGUGGCACCUUGGCACCAACGAAUUUACAACUUCUACACUAAGAAAGCUGCUAUUCACAAAAGGAGGAAGCAUAGAAGAAACUUUUCACUACCUAUGUGUAUCCGUCUGGCCUUCUGUGUACAGAUAUCCUUUAUUUCCCGUCUUUUUCAAUGCUGCCACCAGAAGAUAUAAUGAAGAGACAACCGAAUAUUGUAAAGAGGAGUCUGUCACAGACGGGUUUCCAUUAGAGGCCUCCCAGGCAUUUGGUCGUCAUUUACGUUUGGCAGGUGAUAAAUUAUGGCAUGGAAAGAUAAAGUAUGCUCGCCAGCCAUCUUACACUUCAAACUUGGUCAUGCACUUUAAGGCCAUCAUUCCUUCUGCUGCUGGCUUUUUAUUCAAUACCUUUUGUACAAAUGGUUGGAUUUACUUUUAUGCCCUGGACAAAAAAAACUUUAGGCUUCUUGUUAGGUCUGAGCAAAGCUCAGUCACAAACACCCUGCCAGCCCAUUCUCACCUCCUACAAUCCCCAGAAUGCUUUAGGAGCAGGAGAGACUCCAGCUGCCUGCCUCGCUCUCACAGCCUGCCUUUACUGAGUCAGAUAACGUCUGCAAAGAACAAGAGCUUAAGACGAGCUGAAAGCUUACCUGACAUGCUGUUAACAAACAGCUUUGAGGAGUUUACACCUGAAAUGACUGCUGAGGAAAACGAUGAAACCUACAGGUUCCAGUGCUCCUGCCCAGGCCUGUACCAGUGCAGUGUGACAGGCCUGGUGUUUCACAUGGAGGGAGAAGGGGACGUGGUUUACAGGAUUGUCCCUUGGAACAGGAGGCUACUGGCCCAGCAUCACAAGAAGCCUGCAGGACCCCUGUUUGACAUCAAGUGUCUGCAGCAGUCUGUGUGUCAGCUUCAUCUCCCACACUGUGAGAUCCGCUCCACAGGUGGAUGUGAUUUCUUGUCAGUUGCUCAUGUGAACGAUGAGGGCAUUGAGUUUAUCAGCCCUCACAAGAUAACAGAAACUCAUGCCCCAGAUGAUUCUGAUCCUGAGUCCCUCCUCAAUGUGUUGCUGCUACCAAAGAACGUUUCACUCCGGGAUGUGCUGCGCACCAGGAAGAAGUUAGUUGGAGAUGAGAGCUACAUAGAGACAUCCCCACACUGUAAACUGCGCCCAAAGCAGGAAUACACUCUGUCCACUUGUCCUGAAGACAACUCAGUUCUAGUUCAACCAGCAGAAGCAGAAUUUGACUGCGACAACUAUGACAACUACUUCCCAUCAUUCCAGGUGAGCCUAGAAAAGAUCAUGAAACACAUUAAGCUGUUUUUGAGAAACACCAACAGCUCCCACAGUGUCUGGGAAAGACGAGUUUGUCUUUCAUCCCCUGGAGUAAGAAGGUCCUGUGGGCAGAGCGCUCUGAAUCUCCCUCCUAAUGAGAAGCUGUUUGCCAUACGGAGCAGCUUCAUUGAUGGGAUAUCAGGACCUGUUCUCAAAAGUCUGCUGGACAAACUGCUGGAGAAAAAGGUGAUAACUGACUCUGAGAGGGAGUCAGCGGACGUGAUGCAAAACAACAGAGAUAAAGCUCGUUUUGUUAUCGACACAGUGAGGAAGAAAGGUGAAGCUGCCAGCUCAGAGAUGAUUGAGUUCCUCUGUGAGGCUGACCCCUUCCUCUGUGAACAUCUUGGGCUUAUCUGA